AUGGGGACCUGAAAAGCAAUCAACAGGCACAAAUUUAUUUACUUUUACAGGAUGUUUAAAGAUUCUUCGAUGUCCUUAAACUUUUGCCUACUACAGUUUUUCAUAGUGUUAGUUUUGUUAAUUUAACUUUUUUACUUUUAAAAAUAUGUCAAAUAAAUCUGAAGCAGACCUUAACAUUUGUUACUAAAAGACUCAGCCUUGAUCUGGUAUAAAUACACUUUUACCUGAAUACUGACAUUGUAAACAACAAUAGAGAAUGAUUCAUUUUAAGUCUCGUUCUUACUUUGUGAGAAGCCACAGUAGGUGUGGAGCAUCAGGACAAUCACAGCAGAGCGCUUCAUGUCUGAGCUGCCGAUCGUCAUCACUGAAGGUAGAGUCAUGGAUCAACUCUAUAAACACUGCAAAUGAGGAAACUCAUUUUAUCACAUGAUCAAAUCAGGUGCCAAACAAUGUAGAAAACUGCAGGAGCCGUUUGGAAAAGUUUCCUAGUCGGAACCCUUUAAUGUCCUCCCUAUGACAAUUAUGUUUUUUAAGACAAAAAUAAUAGUAAUGUUUGUAAACAUUUUUAAAUAUAUGUAUAUAGUCAAAAAACUAAAGUGAGUUUACUACCAACGUGUGUACAUUUGCAAAUGUAAUUGCAAUUUAUGCUACUUCCUUUUUAUUUUUGUUCACAAGAAAACAUUUAACACAUUUGUCUGAAAGUCAAAGUUAUAUUAUUACUAAAAAUACACAAAUCUCAUAACAUAAAAUAUAACCAUUCAGCUUGUUCUAUAUUAUUAUGUGUUUGUACAUUUGCAUAAAUACUUCCUCUAAUACAAAGCUUCUAUAGAAAAGAGGAUGUUGAAUUACAAUGCUGCAUUUCUGUUGUGCACUUUAAGUAUCAUGUACUGAGAAUACAAUCAAUUUUGAGUACUUCCUUUGCAAACGUGCCUGUAUGAAACUAUGAGGAAGUGCAUGCGCUGACCCACGCAAUAUUAUGAAGAUGGAAAAUAGAGGAUUUAAACCUGCUGCUGAACGUCCUGGAGCUUUCUGUUCCUUCUUAUUCUACCUGACACCAUGUGCUCGACUCACAGGUGUCUCACUCGCUUCUUACUGUUGCUGCUGUUCUCAACAGCCGGAGCUCUCUAUGGUCAUGCUGUCGUCCACUGCGUGUUCACUUCCACUGAUGGUCAUGAUGCUGUGUACCUGGAGGAUUACUAUUUUAACAAGCUGUUGAUUGGCCAGUACAACAGCUCUGUGGGCAAAAUGGUUGGCUACACAGAAAUAGGAAAAGAGUUUGCAGAUAGUCUCAACAAAAAUCAAGAAAAUGUGAAACUUCUGCAAUGGAAAACUAAACGUUGUAAAGCUGAAGUGCCAUUAGUCAUCAAAAGCCUCCUGAACCCAGUUGAGCCCUACGUCCUCUUGAGGUCAGUGAAGGCAGCCACCAGUGAACAUCCAGGCGUUCUCAUUUGCAGCGUGUACAACUUUUAUCCCAAACAAAUCAACGUAACAUGGUUGAGUGAUGGAAAGGAGAUAACAUCUGGUGUGACCUCUACUGAUGAGAUGUCCAAUGGGAACUGGCUUUACCAGAUUCACUCACAUCUGGAGUAUAAACCCAGAGAAGGAGAGAAGAUCACCUGCAUGGUGGAGCACGCCAGCUUCAAGCAGCCCAAGCUUGUUGACUGGGAGACUGCUACUGACCCAGGGAUGAUUCAGUUUGCUCUUGGGAUAUCAGGUCUAGUGUCUGGUUUGGUGCUUUUCAUUUUUGCAUUGAUUUACUACAAACAGAAAAAAACAGUGCGUGUUUCAGUGCCGACAACUGAGGUUUUAUAUCCAGAAGACACACUCUGACUCAGAGGCCUGUAAGGUUCCACUGAUCAGGACACUCAUGGUGCACAUGGCAGAAUAUCAAAGAAGAAGCCAAUCGCUGAAAACACAUGUCCACACGCUGCCUGAUCUGUUUUGUGUUGUGUUUAAAUGUUAGAUUUGAGUGAAAUGUGGAAAACGUUUUGGUUGUUUUAAUUGUUUAGAGGAGAUCAUAGAAAUGAAGUCACGGACAGCUGCUAUACAUCACUGUACAGCAGCAAAGUGAUGAAUAAAGAAGGUAUUCACUCAAAUAAGAUGAGGAAUAUUUUUAAGUUAAUUUUGAACCCCGUAAAAGUAUUAAACCAUAACCAUGCUAUGCUGGAGAAUUAUUGGCUUUUAAACAGUGUUGGUAGUGAUAGGAGCUUUAAAGAUGUAAAAGUA